AUGCGUUGGUAGUUGUGGGAAUGAAUGGUUGGAGUUGUGAUGGAACAUCCAUUAAUGAUCUCUUUCGUCUUGGAUGAUGUUGGGGCUGCAGUUCUCUGGGCAAGUGCAAGGUGAAGGAUGGACGAUGAUGAAUUCGGAGGAUUUGAGGCAGCAGAGAACUUUGAAGAUGGUGAAACGGGAACACAGUCAGUCUCCCCAGCCAUUCCUUGGGCAGCAUUUACUGCAGGGCCAGGAGUGGAGUUGGGCCAAAGAAAUCCUCCAGAAAUCCUCAUCAACCAGACAACACAAUCAUCUGGAAAGAACACUUCAGAACCUGCCCUCUUUCCAGAUAUUGAGCCUAACUCCGAUUUGAGAAUUGAGUCAAUGGAAAACGCCACAGCAGAACAAAUUUCAUCACCAGAAAAGGUUCAGCCAACGUCUCAACCACCACUUGAUACUGUUGAGGCAUCAGCAAAUUUGCAGAAAAAGGAUCCUCGACAAUCUACAGAUAAUCUUGCAGAACACACAGUGCCCAUAGAAACACAUAAAAUUGAAGUUAAUUCAAAAGAAACACUGGAAAAUAUGGAGCAAAAGCUUUCAGCUGCUGAGAAUGAAAAGCUUGAAAUGAAAAAGGCAUUAGCAGAGAUGUUUGGGAAGUACUCAAAAUUAGAGGAAGAUUAUUUACAACAGAAAAAGGCAGAUGAAGUUUCAUACCAAGAUGACUACAAUCAACUCCAGGAAAAACAUAAACAAGAGUUAGAAGAUCUUAGAAAAGCUGGCCACGAUGCUCUUAGCAUUAUUAUUGAAGAAUUUAAGGCAUUAACAAAGUCUGCUGUAGUGCAGCAGCAAGAAACCAGCAGAACAUGCCUUCAAUCAGCCAUAGAAAAACAAAUGCAGAAAUGUGAAGAGCUGCUCAAUGUUCAGCACGAGCACUUGGUUGAAUUACUGGAAAAAGAAAAAAGUGCACAGCAACUCAAGAUAAAAGAAACUUUGGAUGAACAAACAGAACUGCACAAGGACAGACUUGAAAAGUGUCUGGAUGAGGAAAGGCUAAGAAGCCAAGAGGCAAUGGAUAAAGUUGUACAGGCAGAAAAGGAAAUCAUUACUGAAGCUGUUUUGAAAGCUGUGCAAGUGGAGAGGGAAAGGAUGGAAAGGAUCCAGAUGGAGAAAAGAGAACUAUGGGAAAUUGAGCGUGGCAAGGACCAAGAAAGGUUGGAGCAAGCCAUCCAGGAGGCAUUACAAGAGGAGAGGAACAAAAGCCAGGAAGCCAUAAGGGAAGCAGUAAAUGAAGAAAGAAGUAAAAGUAAGAAAGCUGUGGAGGACACAGUUCAAAAAACCAGGGAGGAUAUGGUCAAAUAUAUCAAGGAGCAAAAGAGGAUUGACCAAGUGGCUCAACAGCGUAACCUGACCAGUUUGGGGCUGUUUCUAUCAUGCGCACAGAAGCAGUUGUCUGCACUUUUGGAAGAUAUGCCAUCAGCUGUAAAACAAGACACUGAAUAACUUCAAGAUGAUUAAACAGAUGAAGCAAGAAAAACAAACACAAUAACACAAUAAUCCUGACACCACCGGUUAUGGUUUCUGUGUGUUUGGAAAUGCCAUUCAUUCCUGUUGUGCAUCUUAGUUUAGAAUGUGUGCAUUCUGUGUAUAUUACUUGCAGGCCUUCAAACAAGAUACUCUUAUAAUUGUACAAAAAUAAUUAUGAACAUUAUUGGCACAAGAUUAUUAAACUGGCUUAAUAAAGGAAGUAACAUUAAA